AUGUCAUUUCGAGGUCGAGGUGGUGAUGGUCGAGGAUUUGGGAGUUUUAGACAUGGCGGACGCAGAGGAAAUCGAGGCGGGAGUAAUCGCAAUAGUGGCUUUGAUCAAGGUCCUCCGGAACAAGUGACUGAAAUAGGAUAUUUCACGCAUACGUGUGAAGACGAUAUCGUAUGUCACAACACAUCAGGCAAAAUUCCUUACUUCAACGCUGCAAUAUUUUUCGAAAACAAAGAGCAAAUUGGCAAAGUUGAUGAAAUCUUCGGUGGUAUCAAGGACAACGGAUUUACUGUGAAACUGCAAAAUGGUAUUAAAGCUUCCUCUUUCAAAGAAGCACAAAAGGUGUACAUUGAUUCAGGAAGACUUUUACCAAUUGACCGGUUUUUGCCGAAUGGUGCAAGUAAACGAGGAAAAGGACAAGUACGUGGUAAUGGACGGGGUGGUCGUGUUGGUGGUGGCAAUGAUCGAAAUAAAUUUCAUGGUCGGGGAGGAAGCACGUUCAGUCGAGGCAGUGGAGGCGAUCGAGGUGGUGGAGGUGGUCGAGGCGGUUUUAGAGGUAGUGGUCGUGGAAAUUUCAGAGGUGGUGGAGAGUGGAGUGGUCGAGGCAGUGGUUAUCGAGGAAGUGGGGGCAGUUUCCGAGGGAAAGGACGAGGGGUUGAUCUUGGCAAUAAACGAAGUUUUGGUGGACGUUCAGAAAUAAUCCAAAAUAAAAGGAUGAAAUUUGAUGACUAG